AUUAAAUAUGCAAGAUGCUUAAGACAAAUUAGAAUUACAUUAAAAACUGUUGAAAUAUCCUCCAUUUUAUACGUAAACUCAUUUUUGCAAUUUUCUAGCUUAUAAGAUCAUAAAGAGACAAGAAAAAAAUAAAUUACAUAAUGGAGCGAAAUUGUACAUCUAUACUUUUAAUCUCAUAAAAUUUUGGAAACUUCUAUAAGUGAAAUGCUUAAUGUUCCAAUAUUUUAAGACUAAUCAUCUGGGAUUAUUAAAAAAUUAGAUGCUUCAGAAAUUAGGGAAAUACUAAAUCAAAUGGCACAAUUAGGAUCUAUAGAAUGGAAAAAUGAUUAGAAUUUUAGUGUAAAUUUAGUCAGCCCAUUCGAAUUAGCCGAUGCUAUUUAUGCUUGGGCUAAGGAGAAGAAAUUGAUUGGUUACACUGAAACUUUAAAAGGCAUUACAGAAGGAAGUCAAACAGAUUAAACUAAAAGUAUAAUUUACAAUAUUAUAUAUAGAAUUCUAUAAUUUACCCUAAGAAUAAAUUCUGAAAGCAUGCUUAAUAUUAGAAGAAACUGGAAGAUGCUAAGUCUAUGAAUUUGAUGGUUUAUACAGUAUCAAGUUAAUAUGAUC